CCACCAACAUAGAAGUUUAAACUGUUAUUCUAGUGACCUUCGCGAAAUUCUUCGACCAUGUCCUUAUCUGACACGUGGACCUUCAAAAUUAGCAUACACCGACAGUGGUUUAUUUCUUAUGAACAGCCGCAGUCCAAUUUCAUUGAAAUUUUGAGAGUGCCGGGUCUUCAGUCAAAUAUCCCCAUUUUGGACAGCGAAGUAGUUUCUGAUGAUCCCAAACUCUAAUCCUGUCGUUCAGGCUCUUUUAGGGACGUUGUUUACAUGGGGAGUAACAGCUCUUGGAUCUGCUCUCGUCUUCGUUUUUAACAGCGGACAGAGAAAGGUUCUCGAUGCUAGCCUGGGAUUUGCCGCGGGGGUCAUGCUAGCAGCUUCAUAUUGGUCCUUAUUAGCCCCAGCCAUAGAAAUGGCAGAAACUUCAGGAAGUUAUGGAGAAGGUGGCAAGUUUGCCUUUGUUCCAGUAUCUAUAGGGUUCAUUCUUGGAGCAGUAUUUGUAUAUGGGGCAGACAAGCUUAUGCCACUUCUGGGUGUGGAAUCAUCUAAUUUUGCUGAGGCCCUUACUGGUGAUUUUCAGAAUGGUAAUGCAUGCAAAGAGAAGGAAUCAAAGGAUAACAUCCAUCACACAGAAAUCUCCAUCCACAACUUGUCACACAACAGAGAUACAUCACAGCUUACACAAAGAAAGAAGGAAUAUUUACAUGAUUCUUGUAAUAAAGACAUUGAUCAUGAAGGACAGAUAUCAAAAGAGCAAAAGGCCAGCUGGAGGAGAAUUUUAUUAUUGAUCAUAGCAAUUACUGUUCAUAAUAUUCCAGAGGGUCUGGCUGUUGGAGUAGGGUUUGGUGCCAUAGGAAAAACAGCUGCUGCAACCUUUGAAAAUGCAAGGAAUUUAGCAAUAGGCAUUGGAAUUCAGAACUUUCCAGAAGGACUGGCUGUUAGUCUCCCACUUCGAGGGGCAGGAUUUUCCUCAUGGAAGAGCUUUUGGUAUGGUCAGCUAAGUGGAAUGGUAGAACCAUUAGCUGGACUUUUUGGUGCUCUUGCAGUUGUGGUUGCUGAGCCCUUGUUGCCAUAUGCUUUGGCAUUUGCAGCUGGUGCAAUGGUGUAUGUUGUAGUUGAUGAUAUCAUACCAGAGGCCCAGACAAGUGGUAAUGGACGGUUAGCUUCAUGUACAACUAUUGUUGGUUUUGUAGUAAUGAUGUCUCUAGAUGUUGGGCUAGGAUAAGAAUAUUACUUGUGAAACCUUCCGUAGUGAAAUUAAUGUAUUUUAUUAGUUAACAAUCCUGACCAUAGAGUAGGCAUUUGGAACUGCAGAAUGCUUCCUUAAUUGUAGUUAAAGUGUUUUGUAGUUUAGAAAAACAAAACAAAACAAACAACAAACAAAAAAAUGGAGAAAAUAAUCAUCAGUGAUCAAGUGUUUAUCAAGAAUUUAUUUUUCACAUUCCAUGUUUAUCUUAAUAUUCCCUAAACAGAAUAAAGAGCUCCAAUCUAAGACAGUCAUUUACGCAAAAGACUUAAAGGAGACAUCACAUCAAGCUUGCAUCCAAGUGAUUUUUUGCAUAUAUUAAGUGUGAUAAAAGGCUUUUUUUAUUCCAUCACCUGAUAAGUGGCAGGAUAUUUUGCAGUUUCAUUUUGUUGUACUGGUGGUGCAGUAUACUUUGCCAAACAAAUGCAUCAAACUACAAUUUUUAGUGACUUGGAGUCUCAGCUCUCUAUUGAAAGAAAUACAGUCAAUUUAAUCACACCAACUCUUUACAAACAAAAAUUUUUGAUAAACAGUUAGUCGUACAUGUUGGAUGGAUAGUUUAUAAGAUGGUUUGUAAUGUUCUAUACUUUUUCUAGCUUGGGAAUAACAAAUUUGUGAAUGUUAAAGGUGGCUGCAGUUUCCAAAAGGCCAUUUUACAGUUGUGUUCUUAGUUGCCAAGCCUUUGAUUUGGAGUGAGGCUGAAGGUGACCUUGUUGUGAUGGAGACAAGUAUCUAGUUGGCAUGGUAACAAAGUAAUAGACCAUUUUUGAUAUGUUAAAAUUCUGACAUAGCUCUGAGAUAAGGGGGAAUGAAACAAAAGAAAUAAAUUAUUUGUCUCUCAA